GCUUCUCGGAGCUGCUAUUGCGAAAUACGGCUUCCUUAAUAUCCAAAUUUUAACAAGGGGGCUGGGCUGCUCGCCUUCAUAGAAAGGCGACCGGGCCUAGAUUAGAUGUUCGCCUUUUUAUAGAAUAGAAAGAGAAGGUAAAGGGGGGGGGGUUGGAGAUUCUUUCAAGAAUGCAUGGCUUCCUCCUAUUCCGCUUCAACAGAAGCCCUUAAAAUUCUGCUACUAUGGCAGCAAGGGUUAUCCAUUUCAUAGGCGAGGGUGGGGGAGAAGCAAGCCGAACCUCUGAUCAACCCGGACACGUCAAAAAUUCUCGGCGCCGAGAGAAAGACGAGAUUCAGCAAGUAAUUCAGUGAGUGCUUUCUUUUAUAAGAAGAGCGUCGGCUUGGAAGAAGAAAAUGAAAUACGAACAACCGUGUUGGUUGUAAUAGAUCGACUUGAAUGCGUCUUCUUGCUCCAGCAUUCAAGUUCCAUUUCAAGGGAGGACGACGUACCAUGAUACUUUCUGUUUUGUCGAGCCAUGCUUUGGUCUCUGGUUUGAUGGUUGUAUGUGCUAAAAAUCCGGUACAUUCCGUUUUGUUUCCCAUCCUAGUCUUUUGCAACACUUCUGGUUUACUUAUUUUGUUAGGUCUCGACUUCUCCGCUAUGAUCUCCCUAGUAGUUCAUAUUGGAGCUAUUGUCGUUUCAUUCAUAUUCGUGGUUAUGAUGUUCAAUAUUCAAAUAGCGGAGAUUCACGAAGAAGUAUUGCGCUAUUUACCAGUGAGUGGUAUUAUUGGACUGAUCUUUUGGUCGGAAAUAUUCUUCAUUUUAGAUAAUGAAACCAUUCCAUUACUUCCAACCCACAGAAAUACGACCUCUCUGAGAUAUACGGUUUAUGCCGGAAAGGUACGAAGUUGGACUAAUUUGGAAACAUUGGGCAAUUUGCUUUAUACCUACUAUUCCGUCUGGUUUUUGGUUUCUAGUCUGAUUUUAUUAGUUGCUAUGAUUGGGGCUAUAGUACUUACUAUGCAUAAGACUACAGAGGUUCAAAGACAGGAUGUAUUCUGAUGAAAUGCCUUGGAUUCUAGGAGGAAUAUAAUGAGGAGCAUGACAAUUCCAAACGGAAGCAGAAGGUGCUUUUCGUCCGGAGCGGGGG